UCAUCUGGUAAUGGGGGAUGGUGCACACUGGUCUUUGUGCCCUCCCCCUUUUUCCUCCCCCCUUUACAGCCACUACAGCUGCUGCCUCCACUGCCCUAUGCUGGCUGCUGUCAUUUACAGUGCCACUUUCCACGUUCAUGAGCUGCAGUCAGCCUCGUUCAGUGUGCAGGGCCCCCCUGACCCCAUGGCCGUGGCUGUGGGGCAGGACGUGGUGCUGCCAUGCCGCCUGUCCCCGGAGCAGAGCACACAGGACAUGGAGGUGACGUGGUUUAGGGACCAAUUCACGCCCUCUGUGCAUCGCUACAGGGAUGGCCAGGACCAGUACAGGGACCAGGAGCUUCGAUACCAAGGGCGCACGGAGAUGCGCCUCGCCAAUGGCAGCGUGAGCUUGAGAAUUGUCUGCGUCCAGCUGUCUGACAGAGGGAGCUACACCUGCUGUGUUCGUACUGAUCUGGGAUACGACGAGGCUGCGGUGGAGCUGCAGAUGACAGCUCUUGGCUCAGCCCCGCUCAUCGCACUGCAGCGCUACCAGGACGGCAGCAUCCGCAUGGCGUGCCGCUCUGCAGGCUGGUUCCCGCAGCCCCAGCUGCUGUGGCAGGACCCCCAUGGGCAGUGGCUGCCCUCCCUCUCUGAAAACAUCACCCAGAACGGCCUCUACACAGCAGAGUGUGUCCUCGUCCUCACCAGUGGGACAGCCUGCGUGGUCAGGGCUGCGCUGCACAACCAGGAAGAGUCCGCGUUCUCCAUCACAGAUCCUUUUUUCCAAAACGCCAGACCGUGGAAGAUCGCCCUGAGCCUGGUACUGGUUGCAGUGGUUGCUCUCUCCAUCGUUGCUGUUUAUCUGCUGAAAAUGAAAGGAAAGUAUGAGAAAAAAAUAGCAGCACAAGCCGCAGAGCUGGGUAAGGAUCGUGACUCCAAAAUUGAGAAACAAGCUGAGGAACUUGUGUGGAGAAGAUAUGCAGCGCCGAUUGAAGAUGCGAAGGUGGUUCUGGAUGUGGGCACUGCCCACUGCGACCUGAUCCUGGCUGAUGAUGGCAGGAGUGUGAAGUGCACAGACCGACACCAGGAUGUCCCCAGCCGCCCCGAGCACUUUGAUCCCUGGCACUGCGUGCUGGGCUGCGAGGGCUUCACGAAGGGGAGCCACUGCUGGGAGGUGGAGGUGGUGCUGGAUGGAGGGGGCUGGACCAUGGGCGUCUGUCGAGAAGACGUGAGGAGGAAAGGGGAGAUUGAGUUCGGCCCAGAGGAAGGCAUCUGGGCCGUGGGGCAGUGGGCAGGGCAGUUCCAGGCGCUCACAUCUCCGCAGCGCACGCUCCUUCCUGAUGUUCACACUCCCACGUGGUUCUGGGUCGUUCUGGAUUAUGGAUUGGGCCGGGUGGCGUUCUUCAAUGUGGAUGAGGAGAUCCCCAUCUUCACAUUUCCACCAGCGUCAUUCCAUGGGAUAAAAGUCCACCCCUGGCUCUGGCUGGGUCCUGGUACACAGCUCAAAAUGUGGCCCUGAUGAAGAAG